AUGGAGUCUAACACCGCAGUCCCGCCAGAAGUCACCCAGGAGCUCGUACAGAUCCUGUCUAACCUAGUACAAGGCGAUAAUGAGAUUCGAUCCAACGCCGAACGUACCGUGAACGAACGUCUGGAGCAGACGCCCGAAGUGAUACUACUUGCUCUCACCCAAUUCGCAACAAGCGCAGAUACCGAAGUGAUGCGCUCGUUCUCACUCGUGUUGCUGCGGCGUCUACUCUUUCGCCCAAGCGCCGGAUCCGCGUCGACACCAAGGAACGCGCGUCUAACGCUCUACGAUCGUCUAUCAUCCCAGACGCUCACCCAGAUCGAACGCGUACUGCUCCAUGCGCUAUCACACGAGCCUGUCGACGUCGUACGGCGCAAAGCCGUAGACACCGUCGCCGAUCUGGCGAACCAGAGCAUGCGCCGCGGACGCCCAUGGCACGCUCUACAGGCCCAGGCAUUCGGUAUGGCACAGGGCGCGGACGCCGGGAGCCGUGACGUCGCGUUCAGAUUGUUUGCGGGUUGUCCGAAUCUGGUCAUGGAUUUACAGACCGACGCGGUUCUCGGCGUUCUGAAGAAGGGCCUGCAAGAUCCAGAAUCAGUCGCGGUCCGAUUAUCCGCUCUACGGGCUUCGAUCGCGUAUCUCAACCACGCAGACGAACACCAACGCGCCCAAUCUCUCUCUCUACUCUACCCAAUGCUCGGCACACUUCCGCCUUUACCUCAAGCUCAACUACCCACAUUCAUCAAUACCCUAACCCCGCUCGCGUCGCACUAUCCGCGCCUCUUCGAACCGCAUAUUCCGGCUCUUCUACGCUUCUUACCAACCCUACUACUUCCCUCGGCCGAUCCAGGCCCAACACCGACCGUUUCGCGCCCAUUCCCUUCGCCCGGACGAGCUUUCUCCUUCCCACCGGAUGGUGGGGCAUCUUCUGCACCGGAAGACGAGGAUGAGGAGGGAGAGGAGUGUAGACGGAGUGCGCUCGAGUUCAUGGUCAGCUUGUCGGAAGCGCGUCCGAGCAUGGUGCGCGGUGUUGAGGGCUGGGUGACGGCACUUGUACGCGGGUGUUUGGAUGGGAUGAGCCAGUUGCGCGACGACGAACUUCAGACGUGGCUGGAAGCGGAUGCGAGCGAAGACCCGACGGACGAUACCUACCCGCACCUAUAUGAGCAGGCGCUUGAUCGUGUGGCGUGCACGCUGGGUGGAGAGGUUGUCCUCCCUGUCGCAUUCCAACAUAUCCCGGGAAUGCUUGCGAGCCACGACUGGCGUGAGCGCCAUGCUGGGCUGAUGGCCAUCGCGGCUGUGGCGGAAGGUACAAGCGAUUUCAUGCAAAACGAGCUAGGCAAGGUAGUCGAGCUGAUCACCCCGAUGUUCACCGACCAACACCCUCGUGUGCGCUUCGCCGCGUGUCAAUGCGUUGGUCAACUUUGUACGGACUUAGAGGAGAUUAUCCAGGCAGAAUACCACCAACCGAUCUUCGCUGUACUCAUUCCGACCCUCGAGGCACCGGAGCCACGAGUUCACGCGCACGCGGCCGCAGCCCUCAUCAACUUCUGCGAAGGUGUCCGUCAAGAAACGCUGGUCCCGUAUCUGGAUCCAAUCGUCGAGCGACUACUGGCACUACUCAACCCUCCGGAUGGAAGUGGCAGAGUGGCGCAGCGCUACGUUCAAGAGCAAGUUGUGACAACCCUUGCUAUGGUCGCAGAUGCUAGCGAAGCGACGUUCGCCAAGCACUACCCCGCGAUCAUGCCGCUCUUGCUCGGUAUACUUCGAAGUGCAGAGGCGCCGGAGUACCGCAAGCUGCGCGCGAAAGCGAUGGAGUGCGCAGGCCUCAUCGCGAUUGCUGUCGGUACAGACGUUUUUCGCGCGGAUGCCCCAGCACUGGUCGAGGUGCUCAUGCGGAUACAGAAUUCACCUCCAGAUCCCGGUGAUGCGCUUCUGCCUUCGUACCUCAUUGCCACUUGGGCAAAGGUAUGUCAAGCGCUGGGGCCUGAGUUCGAACCGUGGCUUCCCGCUGUCAUGCCACCGCUACUGCGUGCAGCAAGCGCGAAAGCGGAAGUCAGUGUACUGGAGACCGAAGACCUCGGCGAUCCUGUCGAAGGUUGGGAAGUCAUGAAGCUUGACGGGCAGCGCGUAUCCGUCCGAACAGCUGCCAUCGAGGAGAAGAACCAAGCGUUCGAGACGCUCGCCAUCCAUUGUUCAACGCUUGGCAUCGCUUUUGCGCCAUAUCUAUCUCAGACGCUCGAGCUCGCGUUACCUGCGCUCAGGUUUUACUUCCACGACGGCGUAAGGGAAGCUGGAACAACGCUUCUCCCUCUGCUGCUGACAUGCGGUCGUACAAGCAAUACCCUGACGAAUGCUAUGGUCGCCGCUGUCUUCUCGCAACUCACAUCCUGUAUUGCGAGCGAAACAGAUACCACCUUCCUCGCGUCGCUAUACGAGUGCUACCACAAAUGCUUGCUGCUGCUCGGUGGGCCGAGCACCCUUCCUCCCGACUAUCACGCCUCUAUCAUCGACGCCAGUAAGCGUCAGCUAGCAACACUGGCUGAGCGGCGCAAAUCUCGCAGCGGGCGCGGGCCAAUCGGCGAAGACGAGAGGCAAGAUAUGGCUCUACUAGAGGAAAUGGAGGACUUCGUGCUUGAGGAUAUGGCGAAGGUGUUGAGCAUGUUCGAGAAGGACCAUCCGCUGUUGAUUGCUGUGUCCAGCGUGCGCGAUCUUGGGAUACGUACUGCUGCUUGGGACGCGAUGGAAUGA